AUGUCAUUAUCCCCGAAAGAUCGAUUACCUUCAACUCCUACUAAGGAUAAAAUUUCCAAGCAUACGAAAAUUGCAAAAUCAGACAUCCCUGCUGAUAUAGAUGUACCUUUAGAUUGGCUUUAUAAAGGUAAAAGAAAAACUAAAGCAAAGACACAACAAUUGAGCUCUCCAAAGGUUUCAAGGACAAAUACAAACCGUUCAUCAUCUAAUAGUAAUAUCAAUAAACCAACUAAUAAUGAAAACUCAAGGUCUUUGUCAAACUCAUCGAAUAAGUUGAGUAGAACACAAUCGAUAACAAAUGGAAUGAUUGCAAAACCAAAUUUAAACGUGACUACAAACAGCAUCAAUUCAAGUAAUGAUACUGGGAAAGAUACGUCGAUGUUAGAUAAAAAUGCUUCUCCAUUUGGAACAGCUAGGAGACAAAGAUCAUCUUCUAUAGCUGUUUCUUCCAUUCCAAUCCGUACACCAAACAAACAACCAAAUUCAAAUAAGGCUUCAUCUCCACAGUCUUCUCUUUUAUCUCCAUCCUCCAGCUCCAAUCAGCGAAACUCUACUCCAUCCUCUACUUUGUCUUCUCCAUUAAAAAGAAGUGUAUCAUUAAGUGAAAAACCACCAAAGAAAUCUUUAUUGGGUUCAAUCUUUGGAAGAAAGCAUUCUCAAUCAAAAUCAAAUAAAAUGAAUUCUUUAGAACCAUCAUCCCCCCAAUCACCAAAUAGAAAUAAUCGUUCACACUCUUCUUCCUCGGCUGAUACCAAUAAUAACAACAAUACUAUCAAUGAGUUGCAACCAGUUACAAUGGAUAAAUUCAAUGAACAAAUAAUGUUAAAUGAUCUGAAGGAAAUGUCUUUAAAAAGAGUGAGAUUUGCUGUAGACAAAUUUAAUGAUGAUCCUCCACAGCAACUUCCUUCAAGAAAACCAAAACUUGGAAAUAUACUGAUUCCAGAAGAUAUGGUGGCUGAAAUACCAUCCAUAUCAGUGGGAAUAACAAUUUCAGAUAAUAGUAACAGUGGUGGUAAACCUCCCUUAUCCGCAAAUAAAUCUUCGGUAUACACAAAAGAUUCUAAAGAAUAUAAAUUAGCAGUAGCUAAUUUCUUGAAAACUCAAAAGGAAGCCAUGAAACAUCAACAAGAAGCUCACAGAUUAGCAGAAGAAUUGGCUCAUGAAGUCAACCACUAUAGACCUAGAUCAUCUUCGUUAUCUGCAGUUUCGAAAGUUGCGGCAAAGACAUUAACUGGACAACUUCUUAAGGAACCUAAUAAAAAUAAUAAUAAUAAUAAUUAUAAUAAUAACUACGUAGAUGAAUGUAAGGAGGAUGUUGAUACCAAUGUUGACAUUAAAGCAUCUAGCCUUUCCAUUGAUAAACCAAUACAUUUGAAUGAGCACCCCUUUGACUCAAAGGAAGAGUCUAAAACCCAAGAUUCUAGCCAAAAAGAAAAUACAAAGACACAAUCCAGCGAAAUUACAUUAGAUUUGGUAUAUACGAGAUGUUGUCAUCUAAGAGAGAUUUUACCCAUUCCAUCCACAUUGAGACAAGUUAAAGGUAAGACAGCACCAUUACAAACUUUAAAAUUUUUGAAUCCAAGACCAACAUUAAUUGAUAUCUUAUCGUUCUGUGAUUUUAUCUCCAUUAUACCAAUCCAUAAUAUAAUAUUUGAUAAUGUUUUACUUACGUCGGAUAUGUUAAGAAUAAUAUUAUCAUCUUUAGUUGAUUCAAUAACUUUAGAAAAAUUGGGUUUGAGAAACGUAAUAAUAGAUGAAGAGGAUUGGAAAUUUUUUUGCAAAUUUCUACUAGAUAAUAAAUCUGUGACUAAAUUGGAUAUAUCACAAACAAAACUACGCUCUGAUAUGGAUGAAUCACUUUCACGUGAAAAUAUGGAUUGGCCACUAUUUUGUCAAGUUCUAAGAGUUAGGAAAGGUGAACCAUUAGAAGAAUUAUUACUGAAUGGUGUGAAAUUUAACAGGGUACCUUUAGGUCAAUUUUAUGAUAUAUUACAUGUAUUUGGUAAGAUGAAUAGAUCUUCUACCUCACUACGGCUAGGUUUAGCCACGUCAGAUAUCUCUGUCGGCUGCUUGAAAGUGGUAUUCGAUUGGAUGUCUAAGUAUAAUGUUCAAGGGGUAGAUUUAGCCUUUAAUAAUCUAGAUCAACUUGUACCGAUAAUGGUUGAUAAAUUAUCUGACUUAACUUUCAAAAAUUUACAAUAUUUUACUUUAAAUAGCACAAAUAUUUCCUCCAUUGAUGAAAUGGCAUCCAUGUUAGAACGAUUAUCAUUGUUACCAAAUUUAAAAUUCUUAGAUUUAAGUAAUUUACCACAACUGUUCCCCGGUUUAGUACCAUAUUUGCAUAAAUAUCUACCAAGGUUCCUACAUUUGAAAAGAAUUCAUUUUGAUAAUAAUGAUUUAACGUAUAAAGAAAUUGCAAUGCUUUGUAACAUUUUGAUCAAAUGUAAAAAUAUUUCCCAUGUAUCUUUACUUUCUCAAAAUCCUGUACUACCAGAAAAGGAUACAAUUAUAACAACAAAUAAAGCAGAAGAGUCUUUACUUAUGGAUACAGCUAUUAGAGAAGAAGAGAAAAAAGAACCAGAUACUGGUAAGGCUAAAGUUUUAUUCAGCAGGUAUACCCUAUGGGCAACUUUGUAUGGGUUAGUGAAAGAUUCUCCAAAUUUGGUAAGUUUGGAUAUUGAUUAUGAUAAGAUGCCUGAAGAGAUGAGAUCAAGAAUUGUAUUAGGGUUAAUGCGUAACAUGCAAAGUGUUAUGGAUUCCAAUUUCACUUUAGAUGAAAAACUAUUGCAGGAUAAUCUGUUGUUUGAUGGAAGUUUACUUAGUGAAAGCGCUGAAAGUUUAUUAAAAAGGUUGAAUAGUAACUCUGUCAUUGACGUUGUCGAUCCAACCAAGAAAUACUUACUGACUAAAUAUCUUGAGAAAUUAGAGACGUUACAUUUAAAUGUCCAGAAUACUAUUGAUUCGAUGUUUGAAAAGAGAAAAUCAGGGGAGUUACCAUUAGAGGAAAAGGAAAAUUUAUUGAGAUUGUUGUUAUUGGAGAAGAACUUAUCAAACAUUCUUGAAUUAUUCUCUAAAAUCCCAAGUCUUUCAACUGUCUUCGCAUCUACCAGUCCAAGUCUUAAUACAACAGCACAACCGACAAAUGCAACAAGUAUCACAGCAGAGGAAUCUCCAUUACAAAGUCGCCCAAUUUUGAAACAUAUGGACUCUGGGAAACUAUUACAAGCAGCAAUUGUGCCACCACCGGAAAAUGGUAAUGAUAAUGAUGUUCAAACCAGACCACAUUUGAUCGCUACAGAGAGUGGUAGAAUUAUUGAUACAUUAACAGGUAAAGCCAUUUUACACAAAAGUUUAUCAAAUACUUCACUUUAUAGUAAGAAACAAGAGGAAGAAGAAGGUGAAUUACAUAAGUGGGGGUAUUUUAUUCAACAACAAUACCAGCCGCAGCAAAGUGCCUCUUCAUCAGAACAAAGUAAUUAUGAAGAAGGUUCUGCUUCUCCAUUAUCUCCAUCCGAUGUGAACGAUCAAGAACAAGUGAAAAUUGAACCUUUAAAUAUUUUACCCAAGAUUCCUAGUGGGUCCCAGCUUAGAGAAGCAAUUAUUCAAGCUAAAGGUAUAAACUCCAUUGAUGAUUUGAUUCGAAAUGUAAGUAAGAACAGAGUUGAAGUUAGAAAUGUAUAUGAUGAUGUUGUUCCAAUAAGCUCUCACGCAACAGAACACCAUCCUCGAACUGUAGCUGGAGCAAACAUCACUGUGGAUAACGACGAAGAUGUUAUUGAAAAAUAUGAUGAGCUUCUUAAUAAUCUAUCCACAGUUCGUGCCAGUAAAGUGUGA